AUGAAGGCAACGGUCAAAUCCUUGCUGGUGCUCAGCAUCUACGCGGCCAACGUGCUCAGUGCACAAGCCGCAUCGCUCGAGCACCUCAACCUGCUCUUCAACACGCGCCAGGCCCAAUCCGACAACCAGACCGACGCGGUUUCGAUCAACUGGAACAUCAGCUCGUCGGACAACUCUGCCCUUGCCACAGCGCCGCUUGCAGGCACGUUUUACCGCGGUGCGCCGGAACUGGCGGAUGUCAACAGCCCCUUCCACCCGGUGACGGGCAACGGCGGGUGGGAGUGGGCUGUGGAGAAGGCGCGCGGUGUUGUGGGGCAGCUGACGCUCGAGGAGAAGGUCAAUCUGACCGCGGGCAUCACCGGUGGUCGGUGUGAGGGUACGCUCGGUCGCGUGGAUCGGUUCGGGAUUCCAGAGCUUUGCUUCCAGGACGGUCCAGCGGGUUUCCGUGCAAGCGACUUUGUCACCGUGUUCCCUGCAGGUGUGACCACGGCGGCGACGUGGAACAGAGACCUGAUGUACAAGCGUGCCGCUGCGCUCGGUGCCGAGUUCGUCGCUAAAGGUGUUAAUGUACACCUUGGGCCAGUGACGGGUGGUCCACUCGGUCGCAGCCCGUUCCAGGGAAGGAACUGGGAAGGCUUUGGCCCUGACCCUUACCUCCACGGCGAGGCGGCUUACUACACGGUUUCAGGCACGCAGUCUGCCGGUGUCAUCUCGACCGCCAAGCACUUUUUGGCGUACGAACAGGAAACCUACCGACAGCUGUACGCCGCUUCGGACCCAUACACGCUCAACCCGAACAACAAUACCGAGCUGACGUACAGCUCGAACCUGGACGACCGCACGCUGCACGAGCUGUACCUCUGGCCGUUCAUGAACGCCGUUCGUGCCGGUUCUGGGGCAUUGAUGUGCGUGUACAACCGCGUGAACAGCACGGAAGGGUGCGAGAACAGCAAGCUGCUCAACGAGAUCCUCAAGGACGAGCUCGACUACCAAGGCUUUGUGGUGACCGACUGGUCCGCGGCGUUCAACACGAGCAACACGUACAACGGCGGGUCUGACGUGGUCAUGCCCGGCGGAAUGACGGGCGGCUACAAGAAUCUAGUUGGUGGCUCGGACCUCGUCCGUGCACUCAAUGCAGGCGAAGUCAAGAUGGAGCGAAUCGACGACGGCAUCACGCGCCUCCUGACACAGUGGUACCUGCGUGGACAGGACAAGGGCUACCCGACCGUCUCGUACAAGGACGGCUACCAGAACACGAUCUUCAACGGCACGGUUGUCAACGAGCACCGCAACGUCCAAGGCGACCACUGGAAGAUCGUCAAGGAGAUUGGCGAGGAAGCUGUGACGCUGAUCUAUAACAAGCAGUCGAAGCAAGCGGGUCCUCAGGGCAAUACGGAUUUCGGGCUUGGUCUUCCCCUGGCGAAAAAGGCGCGCGUCGCUGUGUUUGGCAGCGACGCCGGUCCCAACCCGUAUGGCGCCAAUGCGUGUCAGGACUGGAUCGGCCUUGGAUCGCAGCUGUGCCCUGCCAACGCGACGUCGAACGGCACCCAGGCGGUGGGAUGGGGCUCGGGAGCGGGAUUCUUCCCGUACCUCAUCGACCCGCUUGCCGGAAUCUCUGAGGUGGCCAAGGACAACCGCGGUGCGGUUCUGAGCAACCUCAACGACGUCGGCGAUGAGCAGAACCAGAAGCUCAUCAAGCAGUUUGCCGGUCUCGCCGAUGCCUCGCUCGUUUUCGUCCAGGCGCGUUCGGGCGAGGAUAGCGACCGCCACUCGCUGCGUCUCGAUGCGGACGGCGACGAGCUGAUCAAGCUGGUCGCAUCGCAGAGCAACAACACGAUCGUAGUGAUGCACACGGUAGGGCCGGUGCUCAUGAGCGACUGGUUCGACCACCCGAACAUCACGGCGCUCGUUCUGCCGCACCUGCCGGGCCAGGAGUCCGGUAGCUCGCUCGCCCGCGUGCUCUACGGCGACGUCAACCCCUCCGGCAAGAUGCCUUACUCGAUCCUGUCGGAUGAAGACGCUGUGCACUACCCCAAGAUCGUUGGCAGCCCAGCGAGCGAUGCGCAGGUGGACUUCUACGAGGGACUGUACAUCGACUACCGCGCGUGGGACAAGAUGGGCCUCAAGCCACUCAUCCCCUUCGGCCACGGCAUCUCGUACACCAACUACAGCUACUCGAACCUGCAGGUGCAGAAAGCGGGCGACAACUGCUACGCGCCCAGCGCUUUCAGCGGCUCGUUCAAGAGCGACAAGCAGCCCGGCGGCGCCGGAAGCCUGUUCCAGUACCUCGUCAAGGUGUCGGCUGAUGUCAAAAACGUCGGCGGCGUGCAAGGUGACGAGGUCGCCCAGCUGUACGUCGGCUACCCCGAAGCAGCCAAGGCUCCUAUCAAGCAGCUACGCGGGUUCGACAAGGUGCAGGGUCUCCAGCCCGGCGGCGGGUCGAAGCAGGCGACGUUCAAGCUGGCCAAGCGCGAUUUCAGCGUGUGGGACGUGGUUAAGCAGAAGUUUGAGGUUGUCGACGGAGAAUACAAGAUCUGGGUGGGUAAGAGCUCGAGAAUGUCCGACUUGACGCUCAAAGGGUCGGUGACUAUGCAGGAUGGAAAGGUGGUUGCUGUGAGCAACUGA